CGUUGGACUAGCUUGGACUAAUGAAUGAAGAAAAGAAACAUCGAUAAGAACAUUUAAAGUACAUUGUCGUUCGGUCCACUUUGAGUUGAGAAGAAAGGCAUUUACAAGGAAGCGAAAGUCACAAAUGCGGUUGACACCUUGAAGUGGCAAGUGUUGUUAAAAGUUUUUUUUGAACGCGUUCUGGAUGACGCCGGCACAGAGAGAAAGCUGCCAUGGAAAGCUGUGAAAUACGACAGUGGACGCAGUCAGCUGGGAUGCAAAGUGCAUCUGAGCCGCGCCGUUUGACACCAUUGAGAAGACAACCAGAGUGACUGCUUGCUCGAGUGUCCACCAUCAUGCCCUUCUCCUCUGCAAGGAAGCUGACUCUGUGCGAGGCCCUGACCUUUGUCCUGCUACUCGUCGCUCCCGCCUGCCUGUCCUCCCUGCAGAACGCUUCCUGGGUUUCUGCAUGGAAUCCUUAUGGUGAAGGCUUGUUGGGCCGUCCUGCACGAACUCGACGCCAGCUGCACUUUAGGAAUGAAUGGGCAAGCUGGAGCGGCUGGUCUGUGUGCUCACGAAGUUGUGGGGCCGGUGCCUCUGUGCGCACACGAAACUGCACCACCAGAAACCCAGCGGGAGGACCAUGUGGAGGUGAUCCCAGACAAUACAAGAUCUGCAACACUGAGGAGUGCCCUCCUGGCUCAAAAGAUUUCCGAGAGAUGCAGUGUGCUGCUUUCAAUGACAGACAGCUGGUGACAGGAAACUCCUUCAGAUGGACUACCUUUCAUGGAGGCUCCAACCCCUGUGAGCUCAGCUGCCUUGCCUUGGAUCAUAACUUCUACUACAACUUUGGACGUGUGCUUGAUGGCACAGCCUGUGACAAAGUACCUGGAGCUGUAUGUGUCAACGGACGCUGUCUGAAACCUGGCUGUGAUUCCAUCUUGGGUUCAAAGGAGCAAGAGGACGCCUGCAUGGUAUGUGGAGGGAAAAACACCACCUGUCUUCACCACAGGAGUGUUUACCAGAGCAAUGGCCUGGAGGCAGGAGGACCUUUUGGAUACAAUGAAGUAGCCAAGAUACCAGCUGGAGCCACUCACAUCCGAGUCACGGAUAACAGCAGGAAUUAUCUUGCUCUCCAGAAUGGCCGCUCCCAGUUUGUGAUCAAUGGAAACUGGAAGAUCAGCGUCCCGGGAGAGUACAAUAUAGCGGGGACCAAACUUGUAUACCGGCGGUCAGCUGACACCUGGGAGAGCUUUGAGGUCCCGGGGCCUACCCAGGAAGACUUACGUCUAAUGGUUCUUGCCACAGACAGAAACCCAGGGAUUGAGUAUGAGUACUGGUUACCACCAGACCAGUACAACCUUCACCAUGGGAGGAGAAGUCCACUGCGUCAGGCUCACCACAGUCCCAGCUACCUGCCCUGGAAGCAACCCACCAUUACAACCACUAUCACCACAAUCACCCCUACGCGGCCUCCCCCAGUGAGCAGCCGUCCCUACUGGUUUGUAAGGCCACUGAAGCCACCACGGCAGCCUUUCCGCCAUCCCAUUUUGCCUCGCCUAGAACGAGAGGAGAACCACAGAAACCUGCUGCCUCAGCCCGUGCCUGGAAGACAUUGUGGGAAAUGCCGGAGGGUUAAGGGUCGUCGAGAACGGAAGAAGCAGUAUUGCCAGAAGGAUUUUAUUUUUCGGGCCAGAGUCUUGGGGAAGCUGUACAGAGGAGAGGAGACACGUUACGACGUCCAGAUCCUUCAUACUUACCGGAACGGCUUCCGCCUUGAGCAUCGUGAGUUCCUUUGGGUCCCCAAUGUGUGUGACUGCCCCAACCUGGAGAAGGGCAAGCAAUAUAUACUGAUGGUGCGCCGACACAUUAACUAUGAGCAUACGCUAAACCGCAUCCUGCUGGAAGAGGACAGCUACGUGGUACCGUACAGACCCAGAGAGGACGAGCUAGUGUGGCAACUGGAGAGGCUGUGCAACAACAGAAGACAUAAACAUCCUGCAGUGAGAACGGACUGACACACAGGAUGUGGUUCAGCUUUUGCUUUUCUGGACGUUCAUCAAUCCAACGCCUGAUGAAUACUAGAGCGUUGUCACUGGAGAGAAAUGACAGCCAGAUGAAACUCUCCACACAAAGAAACCAAAGAGACUCUUAAGUUUAUUUAAAAGCCUGCAUGGUUUACUAUUAUACAGAGCACUUUAGGUGGACACCUGCAGCCACCUGUAAAACAUAUACCAAAGAGCAGUGACUGAAAAAUGCCCAUUUCAUUGCUGUUUUUCUAAAUCUAGUUUAUUUUAUGCACUAUAUUAUUUUUGACAGCUUUAAGAAAAAAUCCACCUUUUACCACUUUACAAUAAGGCUAUCAUCAUAACUUGAUUAAUAGGUUUCUAAUGGACGUAUAAACAUUUUGUAAGAUUUUAAUAAGCAUGUCUAAAUGAUCUAUAACAAACUAAUAUCAACAACUUCAUUUGGCAAGUUCAAGCGACUACUAAACUUUAGUGUUCUCUCUUUUGUGACCCUUUGGUCAUGACGAGCAUCCGCCAGUAUUUUAUAGUGAAAUGGAUAUAAUUAACUCACUAUUCAAUCAUAUGUUUGGUAUUCAAGUUUCAAGUGCAGUGCAUCUAUUAGUCCAUCCCAGGGGCGUCACUAGGUUUUAUGGAUAGGGGGACUUACCCCCAAGGAGAUGCACAGCAUGUAAGUGAAUGUAGUGCGCAAGCAUAAAAUUGCUGAGAAAUUGCUUUUUUUUACGUUUUUGGACAGAUUUUAAAACAAUACAAUACUAGGUAAAAGUUCAAAGUCACUGUUCGAUUUAUAGUUAUUUGUCUGUUUUUAAAUCCAGUACACAAACACAGCAAGUAUAUUUACAGCAUUUAUUUAUUUAUGAGUGUGCGUGUGCGUGUGUGUGUGUCCUGUUCAGCUGUUAGGUCAAGCAGAAUGGUGGAUCUGUAUCCCUUUUAUGGCUGAACAGUUUUACUGUGUCACAGUGGAGUUUUUAAGCUGCUUCUUAGUAUUAUAAUGGAUAUUUAUUGAGAAUCAGAUUCGAUCAGUCGAACAAAACAAGGUUUCAAGAGGGAAGUGAGAAAAGAAGACAACAAAAGCUAAAACACUAACUAUAAACAAGAUGUGAAAAGUAAAUCCUUAUACAUCUAGAACAAUGACACAUUAGAUAUGAGUGUGGUAUGGGGCAUUAGUGCUACACCCUGUGAGGGAAGGACAGGACCAGAUAGGACAAGGAGAGGAGAGGAAGCAUGUAGGACAAGGGUCGUGAACCCGGCGGUACAGCUGAAGUGUGGUGGGAGUGGCUAUGUACAACCCCAAUUCCAAUGAAGUUGGGUCGUUAUGUUAAACAUAAAUAAAAACAGAAUACAAUGAGUUGCAAAUCUUGUUCAACCCAUAUUUAAUUGAAUACACUACAAAGACACUUCGAAUUUUAUGGCUGGAACACAUUCCAAAAACGCUGGGACAGGUGGCAAAAAAGACAACACCUGUUUGGAACAUCCCACAGGUGAACAGGCUAAUUGAAAACAGGUGGGUGCCAUGAUUGGGUAUAAAAGGAGCUUCCCUGAAUUGCUCGGUCAUUCACAAGCAAAGAUGGUGCGAGGUUCACCUCUUUGUGAACAAGUGUGUGAGAAAAUAGUUGAACAGUUUAAGGACAAGGUUCCUCAACGUACAAUUGCAAGGAAUUUCAUCAUCUAUGGUCCAUAAUAUCAUCAAAAGGUUCAGAGAAUCUGGAGAAAUCACUGCAUGUAAGGGGCAAGGCCGAAAACCAACAUUGAAUGCCUGUGACCUUCGAUCACUCAGGCGGCACUGCAUCAAAAACGACAUCAAUAAAAAAAAGGAUAUCACCACAUGGGCUCAGGAACACUUCAGAAAACCAAUGUCAGUAAAUACAGUUCGGCGCUACAUCCGUAAGUGCAACUUGAAACUCUACUAUGCAAAGCAAAAGCAGUUUAUCAACAACACCCAGAAACGCCGCCGGCUUCUCUGGGCCCGAGCUCAUCAAAGAUGGACCGAUGCAAAGUGUUCUGUGGUCCGACAAGUCCACAUUUCAAAUUGUUUUUGGAAAUUGUGGACGUCGUCUACUCUGGGCCAAAGAGGAAAAGAACCAUCCGGACUGUUAUGGACGCAAAGUUCAAAGGCCAGCAUCUGUGAUCGUAUGGGUUUGUGUUGGUGCCAAUGGCACGGAUAACUUAAACAUGGGAAAGAAUUCCACCUACAAAGCUUCAACAAUUAGUGUCCUCAGUUCCCAAACGUUUAUUGAAUGUUGUAAAAAGAAAAGGUGAUGUAACGCAGUAGUAAACAUGACCCUGUCCCAGCUUGGUUGGAAAGUUUUGCAGUCAUAAAAUUCUAAGUUAAUGAUUAUUUCAUAAAAACAAUAAAGUUUAACACUUUGAACAUUAAACAUCUUGUCUUUGUAGUUAGUGUAUUCAAUUAAAUAUAGGUUGAACGUAAUUUACAAAUCAUUGUAUUCUCUUUAGAUUUAUGCUUAACACAACGUCCCAACUUCAUUGGAAUUGGGGUUGUAAAUGAUAAACCUCGAUAGGGCCAGUGUGGGAGUGAGGAGAUACCCAAGCAAUUUGCAUAUUCAUGAGUUAUUUGACCCAAUACCAUACCCACUGCGAAGCAUGGGGGUGGAAACAUCAUGGCGCUGCUUUUCUCCAAAGGGAACGGGGCGACUGAUCCAUAUUAAGAAGAGGAUGAAUGGAGCCAUGUAUCGUGAGAUUUUGAGUGAAAACCACCUUCCCUCAGUAAGAGCAUUGAAGAUGGAACACGGCUGGGUCUUCCAGCAUGACAAUGACCUCAAACACACAGCCGUGUAACUAAAGAGGGGCCCCAUGAGAAGUAUUUCAAGGUCCUGUACUGGACUAGCCUGUCUCCAGACCUCAACCCAAUAUAAAACCUGUGGAGGGCGUUCAAAGUCCGUGUUGGCCAGCGACAACCCCGAAACAUAACGGAUCGAGAUGGGGAAAAUGGGCGAAAAUACACUGUAUUGCCAAAAUUAUUUGCUCACCUGUUUUGCCUUACAUAUGAUUUUCAGUGAUAUCCCAUUCUAAAUCCAUAUGGUUUACGAUUAUGUUGUUUUACCCUUUGCAGCUUUAACUCUUGUAGGAUGGCUUUCAACAAGGUUUAGGAGUGAGUUUAUGGGAAUUUUUGCAGGCCAGUCAGGCCAGUCAAGUUCAUCCAUACCAAAUUCUCUCAUUCAUGCCUUUAUGGACCUAGCUUUGUGCACUGGUGCACAGACAUGUUGGAACAGGAAGGGGUAACCCCUAAUCUGUGCAUCAGUGCACAAAUUAAGGUUCAUAAUUUGAUGUGGAUGAAAUUGACUCGCCUGCACAAUCCUGACCUCAACCCUACAGAACACUUUUGAAUUAAAUAGACCGGAGACUGAGCGCCAGGCCUUCUCGUCCAACAUGGGCGUGUAACCUCACAAAUGCACUUCUGGAAAAAUGGUCAUAAAUUCUCAGAAACACACUCCUAAACAUUGUGGAAAACCUUCCCAGAAGAGUUUAAGAUGUUAUAACUGCAGAGGGUGUGCCAAUGUCAUUUUAAACCCUAUGGAUUAAGAUUAGGAUGUCACUUUCUUCAUAUGUGAGUCCAGGCAAGUGAGCAAAUAAUUUUGGCAAUAUAGUGUACCUGCUGCAGUGUGUGAAAACCUGGUCAAGAAUUACAGGUAACGUUUGACCUUGGUAAUUGCAAACAAAUGUUUCAUUACAAAGUAUUGAGUUAAACAUUUUGAUUGUUUGAAAAUUGAUAUCCCAAAAAAUAUACAAAUAGAUUAUUUAAAAAUCACACAAUCUGAUUUUCUGGAUUAUUUUCUCUCACAGUUGAAGUAUACCUAUGAUGAAAAUCAGAGACCUCUCUCGUCUUUUAAGUAGGAGAACUUGGACAAUUGGCGCUUCGAGGUCAUAUCUGGAAAAAUGUCAUAUUUGAGACUGGAAGAAUGGCACAUGACCAGAGAGAUCCAAUCCCAAGCAUCGGUUAUCGAAGAAGGAGGAGAUAUUGAAACUUGCGGCUAGUUUUCAAAGGAUACACCUUCUGGAAACAACGAGUCCCUGCAACUUACCAUCGCGGAAUACAGAUACUAUGCUAUAUCAUGGUUCUUGCUUCGCUGUCCCGCUAAAGUGUCGAUUUUUAUUAAGUUGUUACUCUAUUUUUUAUACUGUUUGUACAGUAUUUUGUGUUAUCCAUUGAUCUCUCUCAAUAUAUUAUCAGUGUUUAGUUUUUAAUUAUUUUUUUUAGGACGAUAUAUUUUCUCCAAAACUAUCACGACAAACAACAGUAUUAGAGCAUAAUAAUGCAAGUACAUCCUUUUUAAAACCAAUUAAUUUAAAUAAUAUAUUUAACAUUGGCUUUGUAAUGUAGAACCCCAAAAAAACUUACAUAAAUCAAAAAUAUUAAUAUAACACUCACAAAAAUGUUCACAAAAAUUGCACUUGAAAAAAUAUUGUACAGAUUAAUGCCUUAACAGGCAACAUACUGCCAAUCAGGUUUCCAGGUGGUUCAGACAAAGUGCAAAAUAUAGCAACAUUAAUAACAGCACAGCAAGUAGAUCAAAGCAACCUGAUUUGAUGGAAGAUUUGUACUACUUUUCAAAAGUCUGUAGCCUUUCUUUAAACACUGCUUUGUCAACAUGUUCAAUGGCUACAUCGCUACAACAGUGAGUAUGCUAUACUGUAUAUAAUGUGAGCAUACGUGCACCAUAUACGCUGUCACGUUUGUAUUUGCAUUGUUGGGCAAAUGUUCCAUAAUUGUAAGAUGACGGGAAACAACAAAUGUCCCACAAUAUUUUUUGUUCUCAUCAGAAGAAAUUAGGUGGGACGGUCAUGUUUAAAAUGGAUUAUGUCACUUUGAGGUUUUAAGUUGUGCGGUCUUUGUUGCGACUUCAUACAAAUUCGACGUACCAGCUCGUUGGUGUUAGCGGGAUGGCUGUGCUCAUCUGACUUGAAUCCAAAAUGUUCCCACAUCGACACGGUGGUGUUAGGCUUUGGAACUAAUUCCAUUUAUGCCGCUGUCAUGGGUGUGUGUUCCGGUUUUUGUCUUCCCCACUGUUUCACACACACCUGGUCCUGAGAGCAUCUUCACCACCUGUGCCUCGUUCACCCUAAUUGCACCUUGCAUUUAACCUCGUGUCUCAUUCUUUCUCAUCGCCAGUUCGUUGUACCUUGUCGUCGCGUUCCAGCAUUCCUUGUUGCCAUAUAUAUAUUGUGUUAUCCAUUUAUCUCUCUCUCUCUCUCUCUCUCUCUCUCUCUCAAUAUAUUAUCUGUGUUUAGUUUUUAAAUUAUAUAUAUAUAUAUAUAUAUAUAUAUAUAUAUAAUAUAAGUAUUCAGACACCCUUCAAUUUGUCACUCUUUUUUUAUGUUGCAGCCAUUUGCUAAAAUCAUUUAAGUUCAUUUUUUUUCACGGUAAUGUACACACAGCACCCCAUAUUGACAGAAAAUAAAUUAAUUUUUUUCAGAUUAAAAAAGAAAAACUGAAAUAUCACACAGCCAUUCAGUAUUCAGACCCUUUGCUGUGACACUCAUAUUUAACUCUGUUGCUGUCCAUUUCUUCUGUUGAUCUUUGAGGUGGUUCUAGACCUUCAUUGGAGUCCAGCUGUGUUUGAUUAUACUGAUUGGUCUUGGACUGAUUAGGAAAGCCACACACCUGUCUAUAGAAGACCUUACAGCUCACAGUGCAUGUCAGAGCAAAUGAGAAUCAUGAGGUCAAGGGAAUAAAGAAAAUUCAGGUUUAUUUCUGUCAAUAUGGGGUGCUGUGUGUACAUUAAUGAGGAAAAAAAAUUAACUUAAAUGAUUUUAACUAAUGGCUGCAAUAUAACAAAGAGUGAAAAUUUUAAGGGGAUCUGAAAACUUUCCGUACCCACCGUAUGUAUGUAUGUAUGUAUAUAUAUAUAUAAGAGCCAGAGAGGGAGAGAAAGAGGUAACUGAAUAUCUCUAUAUGGCUCUUCAGACAACACCAAACCAUACAAAUGUAAGCCAACUUACUUUCAAAACUGCUGAGGUACGAGACCUAAAACUCAAUACCCUUUUCAAGCUGACUCUGAGUAUUCUGCGUAGGUCACUCAUAAUAACUUAACUCUAGGAGACAGCGAUUGAACUUUGACUAGCUUAUAGUUGUCACGAUGUGUUUACCUCCCAACGGGAAGGUCACAUGGCACUGAACACGAAACGUGGAAAUGUUGCGUACAUAGAGCCCAUUCAGCUCUGGGCACAGGAUAGGUGUGCCUCAACAUGCUCCUUUCGCUAACAUGCAACUACGUAUGGACAACACAACAAGAGUCUCGGGCGGGGGUGGGCAAACUACGACCCGCGGGCCACAUCCGGACCGUUGAUCAUUUCCAUCCGGCCCGCCAAAGAUUGGUACAGAAUUGCCCAAAUCAUAUCAAAAUCAUGACUGCAUUCAUUUGACCUUGUCCUGUAAUGCCGAGUGGUUCCUCCAGGUUGUGCUGUAAUGCACAGUGGUUCCACCAGGUUGUCCUGUAAUGCCUAGUGGUUCCACCAGGUAGCGCAGUAGGUACAGUGAUACAUUGACUUGACUUUGGCUGUUUUGUUUUUUCUCUGCUCCUGCUCUGAACCUUUCUUCAACCAUGAGUGGGCCAAAGAAAAGAAAAGUCGACAGUGAGUGCCAAGUGUUUAAUAUAAAAUGGACUACUAAAUACUUUUUCACUGAAGUCCGGUCAAAGGCUGUAUGUCUAAUUUGUUAAGAAACCAUUGCGGUUUUAGAGGAAUAUAACAUCAGCCGUCACUUUUCUACCAAGCAUGCUGAUUAUGCUAACAGCCAAUCAACGCAGGAACUGAUGGCUACGGCUCAGCGGUUAAAAUCAAGCUUGCAGGCUCAGCAAAACACCUUUAUCUGACAAAAUGCUAUCCAAGAUUCGGUCACACAAGACCCUAAAAUAGCGCCACGGGACCUGCAGAGGGAACUGACUGAUCUCCAAUGUGAUACUGUCUUAAAAGAGAAGUUUAACUCUCAGACUGGAUGGGUUUUGUGCUUCAUUAAGUGCAAACAAAUUUUUUUAAAAAUCCAGAAGAUGGCACAGAGGAUGCUGGUGGUGUUUGGCUGUAAACGUGUGUGAACAGACUUUUAGUGUGAUGAACACCAACAGAACAUCCUACAGAUCCCAGCUGAUCUCACACCUCAGAUGUGUUCUGAGAAUUGCCACAACAAAACUAACACCAGACUUUGAUGCACUGGCAAAAAAAAAAAAAGUGAUCAACAAAACAACACUGUUCCCAUUAAAAGUAACUCUUAAGUAUUAACACUAUAAUGCCUUUUAUUUUAUUUCUUUUUUUAUGUAAGCAUCUGGUCCUGGCUUGGCCCGCCUGUCAAAUUUUAAGUCAAUGUGGCCCCUGCGCCAAAAAGUUUGCCCACCCCUGGUCUAGGGUGGAAAUACGUACCAAAUCUACGGUGGCCUAGAAGUGCAAAAACAAUGUAAAAAAAUGUUAUGUUUCAGAAAACAAAUUAACAAAAGCCGAAACACUUUUACAAAA